AUGGACGACCCGGCGACUCGUAUCCCGGGACAGCUGCUCCCACAUAUGCAUCUGGUCUCGCGUAACCGCUUUCCCAGUAUGCAUAUGAUGCCCACCGAGACCGCCGUGGAGUACCUGACUAGCGCGCCCCGGGUCUGUCAAUCACAGCCCAUGCAUUGGACCUUCUUGGAUGGCCCUGCCGAUGGUACCGUCAUGCUCACCUGGCAACCUCUCGCCCAUCUUGGCAACAACUUCGCCAGCGACGGCUAUGUCUGGGCUGAUGCCGAGCAAGCCUUCACCUUUGAAGCCCGCGGUUAUACUGUGGAAAUGUUCCUUCACCGCAGCGGAUACCAUCCUCCGAACGAGUCCGUGGCAGCUCACUGCCGCAAGCGCUAUCGUAUUCUGUCCUCCAAAGUCCCCAACAACAACGCGCCUCCGCCGGACCCAUCAUUGUGGAUUGUUCACUACUCACGGGCACCUGCCAACGACCAUGUCCCCGCAAACCGGAUUCCAGUCUCGCCACAAGUCCAGGGGAUGAUGGCCCAGCGACGCUUCCUCCAAAGCCAGGGCCAACUUGCCCGCAAGGAUUUCAUGCUUCACGACCGCAACAACUGGCCAACUAUCAAUUUCCCUCCACAAAUGGCGCCCCAAGGCUUCACGCAGCCACAAGCAGGCUACCCUAAUGCUGCUCCUGGACGGCCAGGCUUCUUCCCACAGCCCGGGCAUCCUGGGGCGGUCGGACCAGGUGUCACUGCAGCUAAAGGCCCGCGCGGGCAUCGCGCUUCUUCUGCAGCUAUGAAUGCUGCGACCGCCGACUUUGCCAUGGAGGACGAGGAUGUGUCCACCGGCGACAUGAUGGAUCUGUUGACGCCACGCGAAGUGAGUAAGAUGCGGUAUCAACAGCAUCACGAGUGGAUGGAGGAAAUAUUCUCGUCACCCUACGCCAUCACGCAGAUCACACCCGUUUCCCUAGGCCUGGGUCGGAAAGGAGAGCUGGAGUCGUUGACAGCAGGCUUCUUCGAUGCCCCCGUGGGCACUUCCACUGGAGACGGUCAGGAGGCGGGUGACGCACCGCAGGCAACUAAGAUGGAACCGGCCAAAGCCGAGGAAUUUGCGGAUCGCGUGGCCAAGAAGGUGGCCGACAUGACCACGGAGAUCGAAAAGCUCAAGAAGCAGCACGCACUCCGGAUGGAACGCUUCAACCAAACUUCCGUCUUCAAGGAGGCCGAAUUGCGCCUCCGGGAAUCCGCUGCUGAUCCGGCCGAGACAGGUGCGGAGGUCUGGAGACUUGAGGGGCGUAUCGUGGUACCCAACGAGGAAGACGCUCCGCAGAUGGAGUACAUAGAAGAGAAGGCCAAAUACAAGGUCGACGACGUGGUCCGGGAUGUCGAGAGCGCCUACAAGAAACAGAUCAUAUCCGAACCCAAGAUCUCCUGCGUCGAGAAAGGUGGAUUGCUAGAGAAGAUCGAGCCUGAACACAAGGACGACGACGAUGCCAUGGCCAGCGACAUGCUCAUGGACCAAGCUGAUUCUCACCUGCUCGACCAGUUUGCCGCAACGGACGCCGACAUCUCUGGCGAUGUGGACAUGGAUCUAGGCGGCGGCCAGCUUCCGGGCAGUGGCGGCGACGCAGGCGAUUGGGUGAUGGUCAACGACGAACAUAAAGACCAAGGUCAUGCAGCGGGAGACUCGGGUCUGGACGGCGGGGGCUUCGACUUCACCAACAUCGACAGUGCCGGCGAUGCGCUCGCCGCAUACAGCGAGCAGAAUGAUAGUCUUGACCUUCCCGACCUGGAUAACUCAGCGUUUGGGGAUGCAUUCCACGCCUCGGACAAUGAGCACUCGCACAAUCCCGACGCGGAUGAAAUGUCCUAG